AUGCAAUUUCGACGUGAAAACGUGUACAGGCUGCUAGUAGAAGUCUAUAAUGCUGACCCUAAUGUCCGGGAUUGGUCGGGGAAAAAGCCCAGGCACUAUUUAGUUCAUAUGGAUACCUCUUUAUCUCCGGGCUCAUACAGAAAAAAGAGGGGUGCGACCAGAUCUUCAGCGUAUGUUCCGAAGUCAGCCCGAGAGAGAGAACUUGAUAGAAGAUCAGAUGAUAGCGAUCAGCUUAAAUCGUGGGGAUCGGCAGAUAAUAUACAGAAAGAAGACAAAAUGCUUCCACCAAUGAAUAGCAAAGUUCGUAGGCGCGGUGCGAGCGGAAGACGAGGUGUUGCGUCUCACAGCCGUAGUACGCCAUCUACGCCUGAUCAGCCUCGAGCACAAAUCGGUGUUGAUAAUGGUGAUUCGGAUUCUGAUACAGCAGCAGGAUUCCAUUCAGCAUGGAGACAACAGCGCGCGUCACAAAGCUAG